UUUCUUAAUUCCAACUCUCUUUUCACUUUCUCAGAGUUGUCAAGCUGUAUUCAAUUACCGUCCUUCUUGUCCCCCCAGUCUACUGUUGGGACAGAACUGCUACAGUCUGAUAGUGUUGGUGAUAUAAACUAAGGUUACCGCUCUCAAGCUUACAUCUGAAAUCAGAUGGAGAACCAGAGUCCCCAACAGCAGCAGCAGAUUAUCGAAAUUAAUAGAGAUGUGCCUGACAGAGGCCCAAGCCUUGGAGGGGUUAAGGUCUGUGGUGAAGCACCGUGUGGAUUCUCGGAAGCUGGAACCAGCUUGAAGGAUGCCAAAGAACGAGCUGAAUCCAUGCGGAAGCUUUGGAUGGCAGUUGCACUCUGUAUUGUCUUCAUGAGUGUAGAGGUAGUUGGUGGAAUCAAAGCCAACAGUCUUGCCAUCUUAACUGAUGCAGCGCAUCUGCUCUCCGAUGUUGCAGCCUUUGCCAUCUCCUUGUUCUCAUUGUGGGCGUCUGGGUGGGAAGCAACUCCACGUCAGACAUACGGUUUCUUUAGGAUUGAGAUCCUUGGUGCUCUGGUUUCUAUCCAGUUGAUAUGGCUCCUUACUGGGAUACUGGUUUAUGAAGCCAUUGCUAGAUUAAUUAAUGACACAGGUGAUGUACAAGGCUUUCUGAUGUUUGUUGUUGCUGCUUUUGGUUUGUUGGUUAAUAUCAUCAUGGCUUGCUUGUUGGGACAUGAUCAUGGUCACAGCCAUGGCACUGGUCAUGCUCAUAGUGGACAUGAUCAUGACCAUGGCCAUGGUCACGGUAACCACAACCAUGGGAUAAGCAUUGUGACACAUCAUCAUGGAGGGCAGUCCAAACAACAUGACGAGCAUGAUCAUGUUCAUGAUGCCAACCAUUCGGAGCCGCUGCUUCAGAAAUCUGUCGUAGAUGCAGAAAGAGCACAAGCCAGUCAUGAACAUAAGAAGCAAAGGAAUAUCAACUUGCAGGGGGCUUAUCUUCAUGUACUUGGGGACUCCAUCCAGAGUGUCGGAGUGAUGAUUGGUGGGGCAAUCAUAUGGUAUAGACCUGAGUGGAAGAUAAUCGAUCUGAUAUGCACCCUUAUCUUCUCAGUGACUGUGCUCGGCACAACAAUAAGAAUGCUGAGGAACAUACUGGAGGUUCUGAUGGAGAGCACACCGAGAGAGAUUGAUGCAACAAAGCUUGAGACAGGACUCCGUGGGAUGGAUGAGGUUGUUGCUGUUCAUGAACUGCACAUUUGGGCCAUCACUGUAGGAAAGGUCUUGUUGGCUUGCCAUGUGAAGAUCAAGCAGGAUGCAGAUGCAGAUAUGGUGCUGAACAAGGUGGUAGAUUAUAUCCGGAGGGAAUAUAACAUCAGCCAUGUUACCAUCCAGAUAGAGCGCUAAGUGGGCUCUGCACCCUUAGAGUUCAUAGCCCCAAAUAAUGGCACA